AUGUCUGAUACAUACAAGCCCACUGAGCACGGCGGUCUCCGCGAAGACGGCAAGCCCGACAAGCGCGUUGGCACCGGCGAGUUCGCCUAUGGCAAGGUCGAUCCUACUGAGGCUGGCCAGCAGGGUGGCAAGAUGAGCGGCACCACCCAAGCCACGGAUGAAGACGUCAGUAAGGACACUGGCAACAGUGGAGGUAGUGCCAAGGGCGAGUUCGCUCAUGGCAAAGUCGAUCCCCACGAGGCCGGCCGCAAGGGUGGAAAGGCGAGUGGCAGCAGCGACGAGUAG